AUGGAGAUUACAGCUUGCAUGGUGUCUGGGGAUGGUCUACCUAAGAUUGCAUUGUACAUCAAAGGGCAAUCCUCCAUAAGGAAGUCUACCAUGGUGGUGACCUGGUUGGAGCCCUCUCCUUCUGUGAUUAACAACAUGAUACUCCCUUCUAAUGUCACACUCCCUCUUGCAAAACCGAGCAGAGGGGUUUGUACAAGCCAUAAUCUCAACCUCCUCAUCUCCAUCUUGUCGAAGGCAACUACAUACAGGAUGUCUACUGAGCUCCCUGUUGGCCAAGGUCUUUUAGGGGUUCUUGCCAAGCAAGAAGAGGAACCUCCCUCGCUUAAGUCCAGCCAUCAUGUUCGCGAAGGCUACCUUGUCAGAAUAGUCCUUAAUCUGGAUAGCUUCGGUGUUGAACCGGAUGAUGGCACAAACGUUCAGGGCAGGACUGGUCGGUUGCCGCCUCCACUGCUUCCUAUUGGUUUCCACACACUAGAUAAUUCGUCUUUUGUAACCUCUUCUAUCCUUUGCUUUCUUGGAGAAACCAAGAAACAGUCUCUUUCUUUUACAGAGAUACCAAAGAAAGAAAGAGAAGCGUUAGCCAUGGCUAGUUGCACCUUGGACCUGACCCGGGCCGGGUCAUGUCGCGACGGUCGAGCCGCGUCGCAUCUGAAGCUCAUAGCCAUCGCUGUGAUCUUCAUCACGAGCGUUAUCGGCAUCUCAACGCCAAUCGUGCUAGCCCGCAUCUUCCAAGGAAAGCCCACCUACAACAAGAUAGUCCUCCUCAUCAAGUGCUUCGCUGCCGGUGUAAUUCUCUCCACGUCGCUCGUCCACGUCCUCCCUGAUGCCUUUGAAGCGCUCUCAGACUGCCAAGUGGCGUCACACCAUCCGUGGAAGGAUUUCCCAUUCUCCGGAUUCAUCGCGAUGAUCGGAGCUCUGGUGGCGUUGCUGGUUGAUAUCGCCGCUAGUUCCCAUGCUGCUGGGGAUUCUCACUACACGCCGAUCGGAUCUGAUGACUCAUCUUCCAGUGAAGCCAAGAAGGCCGAGGCCCUGGGAUCAACGGUCGUGAUCGACUGCCACGAUCCUCAACGGGCUGAUGAGUUGGCUAAGUUGAAGCAACGGUUAGUAUCGCAAGUUUUGGAGAUCGGGAUCAUCUUCCAUUCGGUCAUCAUCGGUGUUACACUCGGUAUGUCGCAGAACAAGUGCACGAUCAGACCGUUGGUUGCUGCCUUAGCUUUUCAUCAGAUUUUUGAAGGGAUGGGCCUUGGAGGAUGCAUUGCUCAGGCGGGGUUUAGCUUUGCGGGUACCAUGUAUAUGUGCCUAAUGUUCUCGGUGACCACUCCAAUGGGAAUAAUACUGGGGAUGAUGGUUUUUCAGUUGACGGGUUAUGAUGACAGUAGCCCCAAUGCCUUAAUUAUGGAAGGCUUGUUGGGGUCAUUUUCUUCUGGUAUUUUGAUAUACAUGGCCCUUGUCGAUCUCAUCGCUGUCGAUUUCUUCCACAACAAGCUCAUGGGUUCGAACCAAUGGAUGAAAAAAGGGUCUUAUGUUGCCCUGGUCCUUGGGUCUGCUUCAAUGUCUGUGCUUGCUCUUUGGGCUUGAAAUUGUGUCUCAAAAUAUCGUAGUGAUCAUUCAAGAAUUGAACAUAAUCUUCUCUA